AUGGUUCAUUCCACAAAGACUGAUUACCGAGACGGCGGAAACUGCCAAGCAUCCCAGUGUGCUCUGAAUCCGCAUUGCCGUUCGGUCUAUUUCCACAAGCAGGAUAGACGGUGUAUUCUCAUGCUCUACGCAGACGCAUUACUUCCGGCCAAACUUGUGAGAAGCCGCAAUAGAUGGACGCGCUUCGGCAAAGUGGCAAAUGAAGAAAAAUGA